AGGAAUAACCAACCUUAAUGAACGACAACAUGUCACAUGUGGCGGUAAUUCACAAAAUAUAUUUGUCUUGUAUCUGCUUUGGGGACUGGUGGACAGGAACCAUUAUAUUUGACAAAAUAAUGUGUUGAUUUCUUUGGCCAUCGCCCCAGAAAUUUUUUUCAUUUUUUUGGAACAAUGUUCUACAACCCGAUGAGCUAAUGUAGGGACUUCAAUUUUGAUCCUCAUUUUUCUCUCUAGCUUACCCUUUUCCCAAUCUAAGAGUUUUUAUUCCUCUAAUGGGUUUUGGGGGGACAUGGGUUGUGUGAGCUCCAAGCAGGCCAGAGCCCAUUCUCCGCCCCAACGAUGCAAUUCUUCUCUAACAACUCCUGUCAUUAUUAAUGCAGAACACAAUGUGCACCAUGUCAAGGCUGGAUUUGCUCCUCUUCAGAAGAUCAAAGAGGAACCCAAAAAGGAGAAGAAGGCUGAAUCAUUAAUCUCCUCUAAUUCUAAGGCUUCGAAAAAGGGGAAUUUGGAUAAAAAGGCUAAUUUUAGUAUCAAAUUUGGGAGGCUAAAUGAAGGAGAACAUUUGUCUGCAGGAUGGCCUGUUUGGCUAACCGCCGUUGCCUAUGAAGCUAUUGAGGGAUGGAUGCCCCUUAAAUCAGAUGCCUUUCAGAGAUUAGAAAAGGUCAUCCAGAAGGUGCUCAAAGAUAGGAAAAGCUGACGAAUUUAAGCUGUAGUUGUAGAUAUAAAAAGAAAGAUGAUUUGUCGAUGUUCCUUCACUAGUAUGAGUACUAGUUAAACAUUAUUGCUGAAACAUAUGUAGUUCCAUCUCGAACUGUUUAGUUUUAAGAAACUAAACUCUGAUUUUGAACUUUUCCCCUCACUUACAUUAUGUUAUCAGAAAGAGGGCCAGUUCCACAAUGAGAGCAUCAGGAGCUUCAAGAAAUUCAAGAAAGGUGCAAAAGUCGCUUCAAGAAUCGAGCAACUUUGGAAUAGUCUCAACAGAGGAGGCUGAAGCCAAUAUCCAUAACGGUCUUCGAAACAUUGGUGGUAGUGGCCAUAUUUCUAAAGGAAAAGGAGCUACUGUGGCAGGCAUAUCAAUGAAACCAUCUUAUGAUACAGUGUCAGAGGCUUCUCAGACGACCGAAGAAUCUCAAGGGGAAAGCAUCCGAUCUGUCCCUGCACAAACAACUUCAAGUGGCACUGCAUGGGCAAAAAUGAGAAAGCAAGAUUCUGCAGCCUCAAGACCCCAUCCACAGGCCAACUCAAAAAGUCAAAAGUUGAUUGCCUUUGACACAUCUAGUGUACUAAACUUAGCCAAUACCUUGUAUUUAAACAUGUCAGGUAAUAAUGACUUUACGAGCAGGAUCAAUAACGAUGCCAGAAGCUACAACAAUGAUGCAAAGCAUUCUAUUAGCAGGCAAUACAAUCAUCAUGAGCAACAAGAUUCUUUUGGAUCAUCUGAUAUACAGCAGUCACAGGAGAUGUCAGAGGUUCGUAUUCUUGAUCUACUAUACCUAGAAUUUAAUAGUAAGAAACUGAAACUUUUCUUUUCUGCUGUAACGCUAGCAUAGGAAGGCUUUUAUUUUUUUGGAGGAAAAUUGAUAAAAUUGACCCGUAAGCUAUUCUAUGGCUAAUUGAAACCGUUCCUCCGAACGUUUGAUAGUAGUCAGUUGUGCAAUGUUAAAUUGUGUGAACAAUUCAUUAAAAAGCUAAAACUGUUUAUGAACAAACUUUUAUUUUCAUAAUUUUGUCUUCAACAUACUGAAAAGAAAACAAAACUGUGCCUUCAACGUCUCCUCACGUGCGGGAUUGAUUCUUUUUCCGUGGGCCAAGUACAUGGAAAUUCUUUUUCGUAACAAGUGUCACUGAGACUUGAACCCCCAAGAUUUCUAUUUACACUAAUACCAUUUUAAGAUAUAAACUUGAGCUGAACUCAAAACCAAGUACUAGUUCUAAAAUUACUACAAUUAUCUGAGUAAUUGAUUACUAGAUACAAUCAGUUAAACUACAACUGAUUUAUUGCGUGAUUCAUAGAUUUACAGCCUUAAUUGCAUUUAGUGUCCCAUAUCGGUUAAUGGAAUGGGUCCCUAUAUAGUUUGGGACAGUCCUCACCAAAUGAUCAAGUUUUUAGAGUUGAGUUAGCUGCAAGGUCUAUUUUCUUUUCCCAUUCCUAUCGGUGAUUUACUCGAUGUUAGGCUCUCAUUCUUAUGUUGUCCAUGCUUCAAAUAUCCGGUACUAGGAGAGUGUAUUAACGGUCCAAAAUUUGUUGCGAAAAUGGGAUGUCAUCUCUUUAUAUAGUCUCGGACUAUCAUCUCCUCAUGAACGAGCUAAGUUUCAUUUAGGCUCGAACUUCAUUUUCUUUGCAUGGAGAUAUUAUUAUUGUUUUGCUUUGCAAGCUCUGUUGUCUGUGAAAAAUUAGAGCAAUGCCUAUGAUAAACACACAUCUGACACAUAAAGCGAUAGUAAAUGAUACAAGUGUACUGUAUUUUUAAUAUAUGCAAUGCUACAACCUAGAUGGUAAAGAGAGAGUAUUCAGAAAGAUGAGAGAUGUAAGGAUGAAGGUGUGUUUUAUUUAUGAGGAGAGCUCCUCUAUUUAUACACAAAAUUUACAGACUUUUGGCCAAAAGUGGCCGACACAUACUUUACACUUGGCCUCCCUAUAUUCGGCCAACACAAGAAAACAAAAUACUUACUAUUACUACUUUACAUAAUUGGCCGACAAACUUUUUACAUGAUUGGCCGACAAACUAUUUACUUUACGACUUUUAUACAAUUUGGCUUUUUAUAGCCGAUGCAACACGACAAAAAUAAAAGACUCUUACUUUAUACAUAUGGCUAAAUGGAGGGGAUGGAAGCGUAAAGAGAGAGUAUUCAGAAAGAUGAGAGAUGUAAGGAUGAAGGUGUGUUUUAUUUAUGAGGAGAGCUCCUCUAUUUAUACACAAAAUUUACAGACUUUUGGCCAAAAGUGGCCAACACAUACUUUACACUUGGCCUCCCUAUAUUCGGCCGACACAAGAAAACAAGAUACUUACUAUUACUACUUUACAUAAUUGGCCGACAAACUUUUUACAUGAUUGGCCGACAAACUAUUUACUUUACGACUUUUAUACAAUUUGGGUUUUUAUAGCCGACGCAACAUGACAAAAAUAAAAGACUCUUACUUUAUACAUAUGGCUGAUAUUUAGCCAACACUAGUAACUCUUAACUCUUUUUUUUUAUCCUAAAUCAACUGUAGGUAUCAUAUUGUCUUCUCCGUUGCAUUUGGAGCAUUUGUGGUCUGGAUAUUUGUUGUUGAUAAGUUUGCAAUACCUUACUAAUAAUUCUUCUAAAAUAAAUCCUUUCUUCAAAGCUCUCGUAGAUGAUUGUUCUUCUGGUUGUAAUAAUGACAAAAUCCAUCUUUGAACUUCGUCCAUAUCUGAUUUUCUUAAUUCUUUGGAGUUUGCAUAUAUCAUUAC